AUGGUUCGAGACCGUCUGAAGGAGUUGAGAUCGUAUCAACAGAAUGACAAACAUGAAGACGAGAGCUUCAUCGUCAGGAUCACCGAUCCUCCAAACGGCCACAUGGAGGAGUUCUACACAGAGGUUCAGCAAAUUCGGGAGAACCUCGAUAAGAUGCAUGCGACUGUUGAAGAGGUGAAAAAGUUACACAACACCAUCCUCAGCGACCCAAAAGAAGAUGGAAAGGUCAAGCAGAAGCUGGAGGAUCUCAUGGCAGACAUCAAGCGGACGGCAAACAGAGUGCGAGCGAAGCUGAAAGGAAUCGAGCAAAACAUCGAGCAGUUGAAGCAAACGGCGUCAAACAGCGCCGACUUUCGCAUUCGCAAGACACAGCACUCGAUGCUCUCGCAGAAGUUUGUCGAGGUGAUGACUGACUACAAUAAGACGCAAACCGAUUACAGAGAACGGUGCAAAAACAGAAUACAGCGUCAACUGGAGAUCACUGGAAGGUCGACAACGAAUGAAGAACUCGAAGGGAUGCUCGAGAGUGGGAAUCCCGCCAUAUUCACCCAAGGGAUCAUAGCGGAAACUAUACAAGCCAAACAGUCACUGGCUGACAUUGAAGCUCGUCACGCUGAUAUCAUCAAACUUGAAAACUCCAUUCGCGAACUGCACGACAUGUUCAUUGACAUGGCCAUGCUGGUGGAGCAACAGGGCGAGGCAAUCAACCGAAUUGAGACCCACGUGCAGAGCACCUUUGACUACGUGGAGAAGGCACGCGAGCAGACGAAGCAGGCAAUGGAGUACCAGAAAAAGUCUAGAAAGCUUAAAAUUAUCAUCGCCCUCAUAGUGAUCAUUGUCCUGGCCAUCAUCAUCGGCGUGCUCGUAUACAGUUUUAAAUCAACUUAA